UCUUUUUUCAUAGGGAGAUUAACCACUUCCUGUCCAGCCCAUGUGCAUAAACGGCCAGAUGGGAGCAGUGCAGGAACGGGUUGCUGUGUAUAAACGUCCUCCCACAUUCCAUGCCUGUGCACGCUCCCUGGGAGUGUGCGGCAUCGAGAUCCAGUGCCUGCUGUGUCCGGGGGACACAGCAGAACACUGAUCACUGUACUGGACCUCUGUGUGAGGUCCUGAUCAUGUGAUCACUGAUUGGCCAAUCAGCGAUCACAUGAAUAGUAGUAAGCAAGAUGUCACUUCUGACAUCAUUGCUUACUACGUGUGAAAUCUGUGAAUGAUCACAGAGGUCACAUAGUACAAGGCUAUUCACAACAGCCUUGUACCA